AUGAAUUUUCUUUCUUUUUUACCGGUCACUUUUCUUUCUUUCUUUCUUUCUUUCUUUCUUUCUUUCUUUCUAAUAACUUUUCUUUCUUUUUUUUACCGAUCACUUUUCUUUCUUUCUUUCUUUCUUUAUUUCUUUCUUUCUUUCUUUCUUUCUUUCUUUCUUUCUUUCUUUCUAAUGAAUUUUCGUUCUUUUUUAACCGAUCACUUUUCUUUCUUUCUUUCUUUCUUUCUUUCUUUCUUUCUUUCUUUCUUUCUAAUAACUUUUCUUUCUUUUUUUUACCGAUCACUUUUCUUUCUUUCUUUAUUUCUUUCUUUCUUUCUUUCUUUCUUUCUUUCUAAUAAAUUUUCUUUCUUUUUUUUUACCGAUCACUUUUUUUCUUUCUUUUCUUUUUUUCUUUCUUUUUUCUUUCUAAUGAAUUUUCGUUCUUUUUUUACCGAUCACUUUUCUUUCUUUCUUUCUUUCUUUCUUUCUUUCUUUCUAAUGAAUUUUCGUUCUUUUUUUACCGAUCACUUUUCUUUCUUUCUUUCUUUCUUUCUUUCUUUCUUUCUAAUAAAUUUUCUUUCUUUUUUUACCGAUCACUUUUCUUUCUUUCUUUCUUUAUUUCUUUCUUUCUUUCUUUCUUUCUUUCUUUCUUUCUUUCUUUCUAAUGAAUUUUCGUUCUUUUUUUACCGAUCACUUUUCUUUCUUUCUUUCUUUCUUUCUUUCUUUCUAAUAACUUUUCUUUCUUUUUUUUACCGAUCACCUUUCUUUCUUUCUUUCUUUCUAAUAACUUUUCUUUCUUUUUUUUACCGAUCACUUUUCUUUCUUUCUUUCUUUCUUUCUUUCUUUCUUUCUUUCUUUCUUUCUAAUGAAUUUUCCUUAAAUCUUCUUUUUUCUCUUUUCUCUUUCUUUUUUCUUUCUUUCCUUCUUUCUUUCUUUCUUUCUUUCUUUCUCGAAUCACUAUCUAUCUAUCUAUCUAUCUAUCUAGCCAGCUAUCUAAUUCAUAUCUAUCUAUCUAUCUAUCUAUCUAUCUAUCUAUCUAUCUAUCUAAUUCAGUCUAGUAUCUAUCUAUCUAUCUUAUACAGUCUGCUCCAAUCUAUCUAUCUAUCUAUCUAUCUAUCUAUCUAUCUAUCUAUCUAUCUAAUUCAUCUAGUAUCUAUCUAUCUAUCUUAUACAGUCUGCUCCAAUCUAUCUAUCUAUCUAUCUAUCUAUCUAUCUAAUUCAAUCUGUCUUAUGCAGUCUGCUCAUAUCUAUCUAUUUAUCUAUCGAUCUAAUCCAGUCGAGUAUCUAUCUAUCUAUCUAUCUAUCUAUCUAUCUAUCUAUCUAUCUAUCUAUCUAUCUAAUUUAGUCUGUUCAUAUCCAUCUAUGUAA